AUGGACGUCGAGAAGACCUUGAAGCCAAAGCUGGAGCUCUUCGGCGAGAUCGGCCUCGUCGAAACCGCCCUCCAACAGAUCCUCUAUGCUUUGCUGACAGAUACAGCUCGAUUCAAUGAGACCUUUGACAAGAUCAAGAAGAUGGGAAUAUGUCCGAAGAAAACUACUUUCGCCCGUGCACUUUAUGGGAUUGCUAUAUUGCCCGAGAAGAAGUGGGUGGAGAAAGUGGAGAACUUUAUGGGAUUGGGAUGCGCCGACGAUCCCUCAACCCCGACCGUCUCCUUCCUGUCGAGAUCGUGCGGGAUCUCCGACCAUGUCGCCUUCUCCAUCUCCAAGAAAGUCCCGAUUGACGCCUUCGACAAAGCGCUCCUGGUGCUCGCCCUCCUCAAGGACUACGGCUUCGACGAAGCCCAUCUCGUCCGCCUCGUCGACCGCUGGUCUCGUGUCCUCCUGAUGGACGUCAAGAAGACCUUGAAGGCCAAGCUGGAGCUCUUCCGUGGGAUCGGCCUCGUCGGAACCGCCCUCCCGGAGAUCCUGUCAGCUAGGCCCGUUCUGCUCAGGUACAGCUUAGAGAAGCGAUUGUUCCCCAACGCUGAGCUCCUCAAAUCAAUUUCGAUAACGAAUGCGAACCUUGUGAAUGCCCUAAAGCACUCACCUUGGUUGAUCACCUUCGGCACCGAUACAGAUCGAUUCAAUGAGACCUUUGACGAGAUAAAGAAGAUGGGAAUCUCUCCGAAGAGAACCACGUUCGCCCGUGCCCUCGGGGUGCUCGCUAUCUUGCCCAAGAAGAAGUGGGAGGAGAGAGUGGAGAACUUGAGGGGAUUGGGAUGGUCGCAGGAUCUUGUCUUGGAGGCCUUCGCAAAGCAACCUCACAUUGCGCGGGUACCAACUGAGAAGACAACGAAGAUUCUGAAGUUUGUGGAAGAGAAGCUGGCAUGGACACCGGAGGACACUGUGAAGUAUCCAGCUGUUCUGUUGAUGAGCCUGGAGAAAAGGUUGAUGCCCAGGUAUGCCGUCCUGCACAUUCUCAUGCAAAGGGGAUUGAUCAAGCCUGGCGUCAAUGGGAAUCAUUUCCUGCUUUCGAACGAGAAGUUCAGGAUGCAAUUUGUGACCAAGUAUCAAGAGAAAGCUCCAGAAAUAGUUGAAGCUAUCAAAGGAGUGAAAUCGAGUAGAUGA